AUGGAGGACGACGCGCGACGCCCCCGCCCCGCCGCGCCGCGCCGCGCCCGCCUCCUCCUCGCGUCGCCUCGCCUCGCGUCGUCCUCCGUCCUCCGACGCGCGCGCUUCCUCUUCCUCACGCGUAGUCGUCGCCUCGUCGCCGCAGGUGUGGGGCGUGCGGCACGACCCGCCGUCCAUCGCGGACGCGCUUCGGUUCCACGAUGUUCACCACGAGCCGAGCGUCGUGAUCGGGAAGGGGUGGCAGCUCGACGACGGCGACCGCGGCGAGAUGCGAUGGCACGACGACGCCGUGCACGUCGUGCGCGUCCACGGCGACUCGUGCGCGGCGAUAGGGAAGAACGCGUUCGGGAGGUUCGUCGCCGCGGGGUACCUCAGCGGCUACGCGCGUCAGGUGUCGAAGGACGACGCGUUCGCGGGGUACGCGAUGACGCGACGGAAACUGACGCUCGCGAGGCGUUAUCUCGCCGACGACGACGCGCGCGCGCGGACGUGGCGCGUCGAGGACGUGAUGGCGUGCGUGUCGGACGCGGAGCGCAGGGCCAAGGCGGACGCGAGGGCGGCGAGCCACAAGCCGUGGAUGACGGAGGCGCUGAGCGCGAAGAAGAUGACCGCGGCGGCGUCGGAGCGACUGCUGAGGGAGGCGGGCGCGUCGAGGGACGGAGCGGGGCGCGUGAUCUCGGCGCCGAUGAACGCGCUGACGCCGGGGAAGAGGAAGAUCGUCGAGCGCGAGGCGGAGACGCGCGUGGGGUACGUCCGCAAGAGUCGAUUCGGGGAGUGAGCGAGCGAUCGAUCGCCGCCGGGUACCGUCACAGGUGUAGUAAUAAGUUAAGGUUACGUUUAUAAC